CUCCUGUUGAUGGUUGGACUCUGCUCCUCUUGUGGAUUCGUCCUUUUUAGUCUCUUUCUGGAUGAUUCAGUUGAUUUGAAACUUUGUUCUACAGGUUGUUUUUCACUCUUCGGUUCCUCUUGAUUGUUAUUAAUUUAUCUCUGGAGGUAUCUCUGUUAGCCAUGAACUAAAGUUCCUGGUGGGCGCAGCUGAAUAGGCACCCAUGUAUCUGUUCUCUCGGACUUAGAUGCUGGCCUCUUUUAAUGUGACUCCAGCAACAAUGUGGGGGGACAACUAAGGCUAAGGUCCUCCGCUUCUUUCCCGGAAGAUGUUCUCCAAGAACCGCUUCAAUGGACAACACGGAACAGGCGUUGCCCCCAAAGGGGACGCCAAGGAGAAGGUUCGCAAAAAGAGGGCCCCCAACCCCAGGGUAGCGCUUGUCAUCCGGGAGAAGAUCCACCGCCUGCUCCAAGGAUCCGGCCAGGAACUACCCGCCCCAGACCAUUGCUAUGCUGGGAUCGAGGAGGAGGGAGGAGGAGAGGGGCAGGAGGAAAGAAAGGAGGGCACAGAUAUUUUUGCGAGGUGUGGGCCCAGAGAGGAAGCUUGCUCUUCGAGGAUCCCCAACUGUAAGGCUCAUGGAGGGGUGUCUGGGGCUUCCUGCGUUGGUGAGGUGGAGCUGAACAGAGAGGGCUGUGUCAGGAUCCCUUGCACUCUGCAGCACAACAGCAGCAGCCAAUCUCCAGGUAAGCAGAAAUUGAGUAUCCCAGACGGGAUUAGGACUGUCCCGGAACAGAGACGAACACCCAAACACCAGAAAUGGAUCAUCCCGGCAGGGAUCCGGACCAUUCCAGAACGGAGAAGAGAAGCCCGACACCAGAACCGGAUUAGCCCAAACAUGAACAGCUCAGGGUUUGCCGCAGCGGCAGGGGCAGCAGGAGGGAAGGCUGGCUUCAGUCGGACCAAUGCUGAUCCAAAGAGACCUGUUUCUAUGGGUGACUAUGUGGAUUACAACUUCAACAGAACUUGGCACGAUACUCUGCUGGAGGAGGAUGAGGAAGAAGAAGAGGAGGAGGAGGAAGAGGAGGAGGAGGAAGAGGAGUCUAGCGCCAUCAUCGAGCACAUUCUGAAGGAGCUGAGAGGGAUCAACAAAAUCCAGGAGGAGAUCUCGGACCUGCGGGAAUACCUUUCAUCCGUGCGUGGCUCUGUAGAGGAGGUAUCUUCCUGUGUGGAUGCUGUGCUCCAGGAGAUAGAGGGCAUUCGCUUGGGAAACAAGGCUAGUGGCAGUCCAGGGAAUGGGGCAGCAGGGGGCAGUGAUGGAUCCUCCUUCACCCCUCACCAGAGGCCUGUCAGCGCAUACGGCAGUUUGGGCAGGCAGAUGGCGCCUUCAGAAUCUAAUAUCUACCGACCGUCCGUCUUCAGCCAACGCCACAGCAUCCACGGGACGCCAGUGGAGUUCCACUUGCCAACGUUAGAAGAAACGUCUACCACAGUCUCGCCAGGCACCGAAUCAGUAGAGCCUGACGGCCAGGAGCAGGAGGAUGAUGAGCUGUCGGAACACAGCAUCCCAGAGCACACCAUGGUCAGGAAACUGAACUGUGGCUACCUGGAACGGCAGGACGACCAGGACUGCCCCAGCACCAGCUCCCUGUCCUCAGGACACAGCCUCAAUUCAGAGUCUGACCUCGAGAGACCCUCGUCCAGCCACGGUGCAGGGCAUGGUGGUGCUAGAGGUGGUAGUAGGGGUGGUGGGUUGGAGAGCUGGGGUGGUUGUGGCCAACAACAUGGUGGGACUGGGAAGUCUAUAUGGUGUGAAGAAGGCUGUUACUCUAGACAGAGGACUCUGGAAGAGCAGGAGGGAGAGGGGCCUGCCUGCGUGGAGGGGACAGGGAGCUGGGAUCGGUACAGGGGCUCAGAGGGGUAUAGUACCGGUACCCUGGGCCAGUCUUCCACAGGAAGCUCUGAUCGCCUCUCCCUCCACUCCUCUGGACGACACUACAACUCCCCCGCCAGCACCUCCAGCCGCGAGGAGAGGCGCUGCCAUAGACGGAGGCCGCAACAACAGCAUGGGACUCAAGUUCCUACGGACACCCACCCAGAGUGCCCCAGCCUGGGAUCUCAGCUACACAACUGA